CCCGCGCUGCCGCCGCCGCCGCCGCCGCCGGGGCCCGGCACCACCACCGCCACCACCAGUACCGGGCCCCGUUCCACCGCCGUUGCUGGCGUACAAAGGCCGGGAGGGAGCGUGUGUGUGGGGGAGAGAAACCACCGAGGACAAAGAGCGCGCCGGCCGCCUGCCUCCCGGCGCCUCGGUUCUAACCAGCACCUGCCCGGCAGGCGGCCGUGCCGUGACCGGUGACCCGACCCAGCGCCCUGCCGUGGGGGCGAGUGCGCCCCGAGCCCCCCUCCACCAUGUUCAACCUGAUGAAAAAGGACAAAGAGAAGGAUGGGGCCCGAAAGGAGAAGAAGGAAAAGAAGGAGAAGAAGGAGCGGAUGUCGGCGGCCGAGCUCAAGAGCCUGGAGGAGAUGAGCAUGCGCCGGGGCUUCUUCAACCUCAACCGUGCCUCCAAGCGGGACUCCAAGACCCGCCUGGAGAUCUCCAACCCCAUCCCCAUCAAGGUGGCCAGCGGCUCUGACCUGCAUCUCACGGACAUUGACUCCGACAGCAACCGGGGCAGCGUCAUCUUGGACUCGGGCCACCUGAGCACGGCCAGCUCCAGCGACGACCUCAAGGUGGACGAUGCCAACUUCAAGGGCUCGGUGCUGCAGCGGGCGGCCAAGUUCGGCUCGUUGGCCAAGCAGAACUCCCAGAUGAUCGUCAAACGCUUCUCCUUCUCCCAGAAGAGCCGGGAUGAGAGCACCUCAGAGACGUCCACCCCCUCCGAGCACUCGGCGGCCCCCUCCCCGCAGGUGGAGGUGCGCGCGCUGGAGACCCAGCUCGCCAAGCAAGGGGUCCCCCCGGGACACACCUGCACCCCUCCCACAACCUCCCCGCGUGCCAGGGCGCCGGAGCUCGUCGGCAAGAGGUUCCCCGCCGAGCUGCGGCUGCCCGCCUUGGUGCCCCCGCAGCCCCCCACCCCGCGGCAGCUGGAGCUGCAGAGGCGCAACACCGGCGAUUUCGGCUUCUCCCUACGCCGCACCACCAUGUUGGACAGGGCCCCCGACGGGCAGGUGUACCGGCGCGUCGUGCACUUUGCCGAACCCGGAGCCGGCACCAAAGACUUGGCGUUGGGGUUGGUGCCGGGUGACCGGCUGGUGGAGAUCAAUGGACGCAAUGUGGAGAACAAAUCCCGAGAUGAGAUCGUGGAGAUGAUCCGGCAGUCGGGGGAGACGGUGCAGCUGAAGGUGCAGCCCAUCCUGGAGCUGAGCGAGCUGAGCCGCUGCUGGCUGCGGGGCGGCCAGGGGAUGCGCCGCGCUACCUGGGAUCUGGACCCCGCCGCCUCCGCCUCGGCACCCAGCCAGGUACCGUACCCCCGUCCUCAGGAGCCCUCUGCCUCCACCGGUGACCCCCCGCCGUCCUCUGUCUGCCGCUGGGCUGGCGUCUGCGCCCGCGCCUCGUGCUGGAGCGGUCAAGCGGACGAUGCCCCGGCAGCCCCCUUUGGCCCCGUCCCUGCUGCAGCUCAGGCCAAGACAGAGGAGCAGAUAGCGGCCGAGGAGGCCUGGUACGAGACCGAGAAGGUGUGGCUGGUGCACAGGGAUGGCUUCUCCUUGGGCAGCCAGCUGCGGCCGGAGCAGGGCAGCCCUCUGCCCGAGGGCAAGGUGAAGGUGAAGCUGGACCACGACGGAGCUGUCCUGGAGGUGGAGGAGGACGAUGUGGAGAAGGUGAACCCCCCCUCCUGCGACCGCGUGGAGGACCUCGCCAGCCUCCUCUACCUCAACGAGUCUAGCGUGCUGCACACGCUGCGGCAGCGCUACGGCGGCAACCUCCUGCACACCUACGCCGGCCCCACCAUGGUCAUCAUCAACCCGCUGAGCUCCCCCUCCAUGUACUCCGAGAAGGUCAUGCACAUGUUCAAAGGGUGCCGCAGGGAGGACACGUCCCCGCACAUCUACGCGGUGGCCCAGGCCGCCUACCGCAGCAUGCUGAUGAGCCGCCAGGACCAGGCGGUCGUGCUGCUGGGCGCCAGCGGCAGCGGCAAAACCACCAACUGCCAGCACCUUGUCCAGUACCUCGCCACCAUCGCCGGCAGCACCGGCAAGGUCUUCUCCGCAGAGAAGUGGCAGGCUCUCUACACCAUCCUGGAAGCUUUUGGCAAUAGCAGCACCGGCAUGAAUGGCAACGCCACCCGCUUCUCCCAGAUCAUCUCUCUGGACUUCGACCAGUCUGGGCAGGUGGCAUCUGCCUCCGUACAGACGCUGUUGCUGGAGAAGCUGCGCGUCGCCAAGCGCCCGGCCAACGAGGCCACCUUCAACGUCUUCUACUACCUGCUGGCCUGCUCUGACAGCACCCUGCGGACUGAGCUUCAUUUCAACCACCUGGCAGAGAACAACGUCUUUGGCAUCGCACCCCUUUCCAAGCCGGAGGAAAAGCAGAAGGCGACCCAGCAGUUCAACAAGCUCCAGGCUGCCAUGAAGGUGAUGGGCAUCUCCAGCGAUGAGCAGAAAGCCUUCUGGCUCGUCCUCGGGGCCAUUUAUCAUCUGGGGGCCGCCGGGGCCACGAAAGACGCCGACGAAGCCGGGAGGAAGCAGUUUGCACGGCACGAGUGGGCUCAGAAAGCCGCCUACCUGCUGGGCUGCAGCCUGGAGGAGCUCUCCUCCUCCAUCUUCAAACACCAGCCCAAGGGCACCCUGCAGCGAUCCACCUCGUUCCGGCAGGGCCCGGACGAGCCCCCCCUGGGCGAAGGCAGCACAGGUCCCAAGCUGACGGCGCUGGAGUGCCUGGAGGGCAUGGCGGCCGGCUUGUACUCCGAGCUCUUCACCCUCCUCAUCUCCCUCCUCAACAGGGCGCUGAAGUCGAGCCAGCACUCGGUGUGCUCGGUGACGGUGGUAGACACCCCCGGGGCGCAAAACCCGGAGCUGGCAGGGCAGAGCCGGGGGGCCACCUUCGAGGAGCUUUGCCACAACUACGCCCAGGAGCGCCUGCAGCUCCUCUUCCACCAGCGCACCUUCGCCCGCGAGCUGGAGCGAUACAAGGAGGAGAACAUAGAGCUUGCCCUGGCUGACGCCGAGCCCGGCUCCUCUGGCUCCGUAGCUGUUGUAGACCAGCCCUCGCACCAGGCGCUGGUCCGGUCACUGGCCCGCACAGACGAGGCGCGGGGGCUACUGUGGCUGCUGGAGGAGGAGGCACUGCAGCCGGGCGGCAAUGAGGACACCUUGCUGGAGCGGCUUUUCUCCUACUACGGCCCCCAGGAAGGGGGCAAGAAAGGGCACAACCCGCUGCUCCCCAGUGACAAGCCCCGACACUUCCUCCUGGGUCACAGCUCGGGGACCAACUGGGUUGAGUACGAUGCCACGGGCUGGCUCAACCAUGUCAAGCACAACCCGGCUUCCCAAAAUGCCUCCGUCCUGCUGCAGGAGUCGCAGAAGAAAGUCAUCAGCAGCCUGUUUGCCGGCCGUGGCGGGUCAGCACUGGUACUGUCGGGCUCGGUGGCGGGGCUGGAGGGGGGUUCCCAGCUGGCCCUGCGCCGGGCCACCAGCAUGCGCAAGACCUUCACCACCGGCGUGGCCGCCGUCAAGAAGAAAUCCCUCUGCAUCCAGAUCAAGCUGCAAGUGGAUGCCCUCAUCGACAGCAUCAAGAAGUCUAAGCUCCACUUCGUGCACUGCUUCCUGCCCAAGGCGGCGGGGGGCGGCGGGGACCCCCGGGCUGUGCCGUGCCGGCGAGUGAGCGGCAGCGAGCUGGAGCUGCCAGCGGAGCACUGCGAAGCCGGGCUCAUGCAGCUGGACGUGCCCCUCCUGCGCGCUCAGCUCCGCGGCUCCCGCCUGCUCGACGCCCUCCGCAUGUACCGCCAAGGGUACCCCGACCACAUGGUGUUUGCGGAGUUCAGACGGCGCUUUGACGUCCUGGCCCCGCACCUGACCAAGAAGCACGGGCGCAACUACAUCGUGGUGGAUGAGAAGCGGGCGGUGGAGGAGCUCCUGGAGUCGCUGGACCUGGAAAAGAGCAGCUACCACAUGGGCUUGAGCCGGGUGUUUUUCCGGGCCGGGUCACUGGCCAGGCUGGAGGAGCAGCGGGACGCGCAGACCAGCAGGAACAUCACCCUCUUCCAGGCAGCGUGCAGGGGCUUCCUGGCACGGCAGCAGUUCAAGAAGAGGAAGAUCCAAGAUUUGGCCAUCCGGUGCGUGCAGAAGAACAUCAAGAAGAACAAGGGGGUGAAGGGCUGGCCCUGGUGGAAGCUCUUCACCACCGUGCGGCCCCUCAUCGAGGUGCAGCUCACCGAGGACCAGAUCCGCGGCAAAGACGAAGAGAUCCAGCAGCUGAAAAGCAAACUCGAGAAGGUGGAGAAGGAGCGUAACGAGCUCCGGCUCAACAGCGACCGCCUGGAGAGCAGGAUCACAGAGCUGACAUCGGAGCUGACGGACGAGCGAAACACCGGUGAAUCGGCCUCCCAGCUGCUGGACGCCGAGACGGCCGAGAGGCUGCGGGCCGAGAAGGAGAUGAAGGACCUGCAGGCCAAGUACGAUGCUCUGAAGAAGCAGAUGGAGUCCAUGGAGAUGGAGGUGAUGGAGGCUCGGCUCAUCCGGGCGGCCGAGCUCAACGGGGAGCUCGACGAUGACGAUUCAGGUGGCGAAUGGCGGCUGAAAUACGAGCGGGCGGUGCGGGAGAUCGACUUCACCAAGAAACGGCUGCAGCAGGAGCUGGAGGACAAGCUGGAGGUGGAGCAGCAGGGCAAGAGGCAGCUGGAGCGGAGGCUGACGGACCUGCAGGCAGACAGCGAGGAGAGCCAGCGGGCGUUGCAGCAGCUGAAGAAGAAGUGCCAGCGCCUGGCCGCGGAGCUGCAGGACACCAAGCUGCACCUCGAGGGCCAGCAAGGACGCAACCACGACCUGGAGAAGAAGCAGCGGAGGUUCGACAGCGAGCUCUCGCAGGCGCACGAGGAGGCGCAGCGGGAGAGGCUGCAGCGGGAGAAGCUGAGCCGCGAGAAGGACGUGCUGGUGGCCGAGGUCUUCGGCCUCAAGCAGCUGCUGGAGGACAAGGACUCGGACAUCACGGGGCUGACGCAGAAGGCGGAGGCGCUGGAAGCCGAGCUGCAGGACAUCUCCUCCCAGGAGUCAAAGGAUGAGGCCUCCCUGGCCAAGGUGAAGAAGCAGCUGAGGGACCUGGAGGCGAAGGUCAAAGACCAGGAGGAGGAACUGGACGAGCAGGCUGGGACCAUCCAGAUGCUGGAGCAGGCCAAGCUGCGGCUAGAGAUGGAGAUGGAGAGGCUGCGGCAGACCCACGCCAAGGAGGUGGAGAGCCGCGACGAGGAGGUGGAGGAGAUUCGGCAGUCGUGCCAGAAGAAGCUGAAGCAGAUGGAGGUGCAGCUGGAGGAGGAGUACGAGGACAAGCAGAAGGUGCUGAGAGAGAAACGGGAGCUGGAGAGCAAGUUAUCCGCCAUCAGCGAGCAGGCCAACCAGCGGGACUUCGAGACGGAGAAGCGCCUGCGCCGGGACCUGAAGAGGACGAAGGCGCUACUGGCCGAUGCGCAAAUCAUGCUGGACCACCUGAAGAACAACGCGCCCAGCAAGAGAGAGAUCGCCCAGCUCAAGAACCAGCUGGAGGAGUCGGAGUUCACCUGCGCAGCCGCCGUCAAGGCCCGCAAGUCCAUGGAGGUGGAGAUCGAAGACCUCCACCUGCAGAUCGACGACCUCGCCAAGGCUAAGGCAGCGCUGGAGGAGCAGCUGAGCCGGCUGCAGCGGGAGAAGAACGAGGUGCAGAGUCGGCUGGAGGAGGACCAGGAGGACAUGAACGAGCUGAUGAAGAAGCACAAGGCGGCUGUGGCCCAGGCGUCCCGGGACCUGGCGCAGAUGAAUGACCUCCAGGCACAGCUGGAGGAGGUCAGCAAGGAGAAGCAGGAGCUGCAGGAGAAGCUGCAAGGCCUGCAGAGCCAGCUGGAGUUCCUGGAGCAAUCCAUGGUGGACAAGUCGCUGGUGAGCCGGCAAGAGGCCAAGAUCCGUGAGCUGGAGACCAGGCUGGAGUUCGAGCGGACACAAGUCAAGCGCCUGGAGAGCCUGGCCACACGGCUGAAGGAGAACAUGGAGAAGCUGACAGAGGAGCGGGAUCAGCGCGCGGCCGCCGAGAACCGGGAGAAGGAGCAGAACAAGCGGCUGCAGCGACAGCUCCGCGACGUCAAGGAGGAGAUGGGCGAGCUGGCCAAGAAGGAGGCGGAGGCCAGCCGCAAGAAGCACGAGCUGGAGAUGGACCUGGAGAGCCUGGAAGCCGCCAACCAGAGCCUGCAGUCGGACCUGAAGCUGGCCUUCAAGCGCAUCGGGGACCUGCAGGCGGCCAUCGAGGACGAGAUGGAAAGCGACAGCAACGAGGACCUCAUCAACAGUUUGCAGGACAUGGUGGCAAAGUAUCAGAAAAGAAAGAGUAAACUCGACGGCGAUUCGGACGUGGACUCGGAGCUGGAGGAGCGCGUGGAUGGGGUGAAGUCCUGGCUCUCCAAGAACAAAGGCUCUUCCAAAGCACUCUCAGACGACGGCAGCCUGAAGGGCAGCAGCCCCCCGAGCUCCCGGCACCUUUUCGCCUACGACAGAUGGGACGAGGAGCAGGAUGCCGGGGAAAGCACGCGCCGCUCCUCCCGCAGCUCCCCCAGCGCCAGCGAGGCAGAGAGCCGGACCGCCGAGACCCCCGCCUAGCACCCCCCCACACCAUUUCCCAUCGCCCCAAAAACACUCAGCUCCACGGGGCCAACCCGGGCAGCCGGUAUUUCUUCUGCGUGGGGCGGGGGGGGACACACGCAGCUGCCCCCCCCCCCCCCCGACCCCGGCCGUGGGGGGAGCAGCCCGGCCGGCUCGCUGGCUGCAGCCCCCCCGGCCGCCCCCACCCUCCCACCUCCCGUCUGUCCUCGGCGGCAGAGCCGGCUGCUCCAGCACCCUGGAUUUAUUCCUCAGUGCCUGCUGGCUCCUUAUUUUAUAACUUAAACUCCCCCCCCAACCCAGGCACCCCCACCCCGGUCCUCUUAAGCCCCUUUUAGUUGAGCCAAAGACGUCUCUCGCUGGCCGGGCCCUGGGGAGCAGCCGCCCCGCAGCCGGGAAGGGGACAUGGGGACGGGGUCCCACAUGUCCCCUUGGGUUGUCGUCACCCCCCCUUACCCCCCCCUCCACCCCCCCUGGUUGUUUUGCACUAGCCCAGCUGUGCGUUUCUCCCCCCCCCCCCCCCCUUUACUUUCAGUAUGAAAAUAAACGUCAUUUCUGGCUGGUGAUACCGGCUGCUGCCUGCUCUGCGUGCUGGGGGGAUGUCAUCCCGUUUCAGGGGGGGUCACCCCGUUUGAGGGGAGUGUUUGCAUGGUGGUGGGAUCUGGCGGGAUGGAUCCAGCCCCGGCGAGGAUGCGGGGCUGCGUGGAGGGGCCAAGCUCGGCACCUUCCCUGAGCCUGCUGCACCCACGGGUGAUGGGGAGGGGAAGGGGGGAGACGGCCCUCGUGGGUGCCGGCACUGAAUCAUUUAUCAAUCUUCAUAAAUAUGCAGAUAAGCAGCGGGGAUGGGAGCCCUCUGCCUGCCGGCGUUAAUUAUUUAACGCGGAGGAGAUGAUGAUGUGCAUCGCCGGCCGCCUGAGCGGCACACGGCUCGGCCUCGGCUCCGGCACCCGCCGGCCUUGUGCCGGGUGCUGUCCCCUGCCCCCCCCCCAAGCCCCAGGGACCCCCCGCACCCCCGGGACCCCCCCCGCACCCCUGGGACCCUGGCAAACCAGGUCGUUUGUUCCUUUUCCCCACCAUCUCUUGGAAACAAAUGGGCCGAGCUCGGCGCUCGCUGCCAUAAAGCCACGCUGCGCUAAUGCGCUUUCAUUAAGUAGGAGCGAUCUAAUGAUAAUAAAAUGGCACAUUUAACAUUAAAACAUUUAACUUGA